AUGGGACGUUGCAGCAAGUGCUCUCAGCUGGUCUGCCCAUGGAGCCAGGAUACUUUCUCCCAGCUGGAUGAGGCACACAGGAGCCUGUUCCCCACUGUCCUCACAACACAGCUAGCUCUGGACAGAAAAUGUAUGUCUUUCCUGAAGCCGGGGACCAGUGGUAACAGUUCCUCCUACCUCCAGUCUGCAAUAGGGGAAGCGCACAGUGAGGAGUGGGCACGUCAAACCAGCCGCUACCUCUCGGACUGUGAGCGCCAUAUGAAGAUGGCUACCUUCGUCCCCUCUGCAGCUGUCCAUCUUCCUCCACCACCCUUCAGACCCCUUCCACUUGCCCAGUGGUUUGAGACGAUCCACUCCAACGACAUCCUCAGCCUUCUGGAUGAGAUGAUGGGAGUGAUAACUUCUACCUAUGGUAUUAAGAUGGAUUUAACAAAGAAGAUCACCAAGAAGCUGGCUGGUGGGAUCGGGGACAGUGCUGCAUGGAUGACAAACAUCGGCAACGAGUUUGGCCAGGUUCUGAACUCUGUUCUGACGACGGGUGAAGGUGCAGGAAGGCACACACAGAAGGCUAAGAAGAUAGGACGUGCGUCAGGACGACCGUGGAGAGCACCCAGGAAGCAGAGUGGCUUUGCUCCUGGACAGCAUUUUCUAUCAGUUUGGUUCAAUACAAAUCAUUGA